CUCCUAGCCUUAAAGGAGCAUCCCCGAGAAGUGCUACCUGCAUCUGCUGCCAGACAUCAUGAAGUCACUUACCCUAGGUGUGCUUUUGGUCUUGUCUCUGCCGUGGCUUGCUCCUGCCGAUAAUGCUCCUUUCCUCUUGGACAAGGUCAGAGAUUUCUCAUGGGAAAACUGUGAUGAUGGGCAUGAUCCAGUACUGAUCACCAGCCUGGAGGUAGAACCCGUUCCUAUCAGUAUCCCUGGAGAAGUAAGUGUUAGCAUGGAGACCAAGACCAAUGUACCUCUCACUUCUCCUGUGAAGGCAGUGGUAACUUUGGAGAAAGAAAUGACUCCUGGGUUCUGGUUGCAAAUCCCCUGUUUGAAAAAGAUUGGAAGCUGCACCUAUAAAGAUAUAUGUGAGACAAUUGACUCCUUCAUCCCACCUGGGGAGCCUUGCCCUGAGCCUCUCCAUACCUAUGGACUGCCUUGCCACUGCCCCUUUAAGCAGGGUACCUACUCCCUGCCCAAGACCAGCUUCCAAAUACCUCCUGUGAAGCUGCCACCUUCGCUCAGCAGUGGCAACUACCGUGCUCAGGUUGUUCUAAGCAAUGACAAUACACGUCUGGGCUGUUUCAAGAUCAAUGUCUCACUCACAGAGAAAUGAAGACUGAUCCAUGCCUGGAAAGCAAAGUUGACCUUUCCCAACAUCCCCAAGGCCUUCUCAGUUUCCCAUCCUUCCCUACCCUCCUUGGGGAAUGACUUUGCUGCCUAGCCAUGGUGUUCAGUCCCACCUACUCACUCUAGCCUCAGCCAGGGAUUCCUACUAAGAACAAAAGUCCAACUCUGCCACUUGAGUUGGGUCUCCCAGCUUUCUUCAUUCCCAAGACAGCUACCUCUCUGUUCUUUAGUCUUCUCAUACAGCCCAGGCCUUGGGGUCUUUGAGCAGCUAAGUGGGAGCAGGCUCCAGGACUCUUCUCUCAUGGGGAAACCCAUUCAAGAAGCACCUUCCUGAUAGUAUUUCUCAAUUUAGCAUUGGAUCUUUUAAAGUAAUGAAUUAAUGUUUUAAACUAAUAAUACCUAAUGUUUACUUAGUUUGCAAAGGCCUUUGGCUAUAUUUUCUCAUUUGAAUGAUCCUCCUACUCAAGCUUCCCUCAGUUUCCCCCCAGUGCCACUUGUAGAGUUUUCCUCACCCUCUUUUGAGGUGGGGGUGGGAGGGCUUCUGAUUGAGUGACUUCUUCCCAUGCUUUCUGGAAAAGCAGCAGCCAACACAGUAGGUACACAGUGUGGAUCCUCAGACCCUUUUUGGAGGGGUUCUCCAGGGCCUCAGUCUUCCUGGACAGCAACCCUAGCUCAGUUUGAAAGUGCCUGAGCUGGCAAUCCUGGUCAGGAGGCCCUGUUAACAAUCACUAUCCAGGCGUCUUUUUCAUACUGUGGAGCCAGUGGCCUGGGAGUUCAGGCUCUAGGCUUUCUGCAUGGACCAAACCCUAUCAUAGCCCAGGCUGCCCUGAGGCACAUGUCAAGUCUUUUAAGAACAUUUGCCAAAGCUCCUUAGUUAAGGAGGCAAGUUCCCCUGGUCAUAGCCCCCUUUUGAGGGAUAGGGAUGUGGGUGGAGGUGAGGGAAGCUGGAGCCUGCGGUGGAUCAGUCAUAUCCCACUUCUAGGCAGGGUACAGAAGUGCCAAUGGGUAACUAGUGGUAUAUGGUAAACUGAAACUGGACUAAAAAUAAAUCUAUGUUUACUCUUCUACAA